AUUUAUGGCCGAGUCUUAAGGCAAAACUCGUCUUCAAGCUGUCAAUAGCUUUUCUCCGGCGACUGGUAUCUCGUAGCUCCGAAUUGCCGCUAUGGCCGAAGAGUUUUCUGGAAAAAUCGAAAGCAAAGGGCUAAACCCGGGACUGAUCGUCCUUCUUGUAAUUGGAGGGUUGCUAGUGACAUUCCUUGUAGGAAACUUCAUCCUUUACACAUACGCACAGAAGAAUUUGCCUCCGAGGAAGAAGAAGCCGGUUUCUAAGAAGAAGAUGAAGAAAGAGAAGCUGAAGCAAGGCGUCCAAGUUCCAGGAGAGUAGCUUUGUUGUUGGGAUGAUAACUCACUUUGCAGUACUAGAAAAUUAUAUAUGACUCUAUACUCUUUUUAGUUGUUAAUGUUUUCGAUAUAGCAUGAUAUUUUCUUGAGUUGACAAUCUAUAAGCUUUGCUGAGACUGAGAUAAUUUCAUGCCAAAUUUGAAACAA